ACCGCCUGUCGGGAGCAAACGCGCGCCGCGGACGGGAGGGCGGCUGUUGCGCGGGCGCGUGCAGGGGCGCAGGUAGUGGAUAUGGCAUCCAGCCAUCGCACAACUUUAGACCAAUGGAAGAAAAAAGCAGCAACAGCUGAACUGAAUGACACCCAAAAGCAAGAAAUUAAAGAGGCCUUUGACUUAUUCGAUAUUGAUGGAUCUGGAACCAUAGAUCUGAAAGAACUGAAGAUUGCAAUGCGGGCCUUAGGAUUUGAGCCCAAGAAAGAAGAAGUGAAACAGCUGAUCGCUGAAAUCGACAAGGAAGGGACCGGCACCAUUUGUUUUGAAGACUUUUUUGCCAUCAUGAGCGUAAAAAUGAGUGAAAAAGAUGAGAAAGAAGAAAUACUGAAGGCAUUUAAAUUAUUUGAUGACGAUGCUACCGGAAGCAUAUCACUAAAUAACAUCAAGAGGGUUGCCAAGGAGCUAGGGGAAAACUUAACCGAAGAUGAAUUACAGGAAAUGCUUGAUGAAGCUGAUCGUGAUGGGGAUGGAGAGAUAAAUGAGGAAGAAUUCUUGAGGAUGAUGAGGAAGACCAGCCUUUAUUAGCUGCUUGGUGCCUUCCAGGAGGUUUGAACAGCUUGCCUGUUAAGCAGUUCAAUGCUGUCAUACCUGAGUGUACCCAUUUCCACUUUUAGUUUAGGUUAGUCCCUUGGUGUCUAAUCUGUGCCAGAAGUUAUAUGUCCCUACCAAUGUUAUUAAAUCUGUCGUAGCAAGAAACAAACAGACAAACAAACGCAUGAUUUAUUUGAACUGUGAGCCCCAAAACAGUAUUUCCAUAUGGUAUUUUAAAGCUGUAGAUUCCAAAGACAUUUGACUUUUAUUUUUCGGUUGAAUAAAGUUGGCCCCCAGAUCCAGAUGAAAUUGUUUUUAAAAACAAUUUGAAAAUGGUAUUUUUCCAUUAUUUCCUUUUAUAUGACUUAAAAAAACUGAUAAACAUGUGUUUUUUAAUCUGUUCCUUCACUAUGUAAAGUAUUAAUAAAACUGGAUGACAUACAGUG